CUCGUUGAUAGUCGGAAGAAAUAACCCCAUCUAUAUCGAUGGGUUUUCCGGUUAAAUCAGUUAACCUUCACACUUUGAAUUACUAAUAUUAUUUUCUUAAUAAAACUUAAGAUUGCAUAAUGAAGAUACUGUUACAGUUGCUUACCAUCUUUGCUUUAGAAUGUAUUGUUACAACGAGAAUUCUUCCACAUUCCUGUAAAGUGAGGCCAUCGAUUGGAUGUAAUACAUUAACCCAAUGUUCCUUACAUGUUACUUUCCAUUUGUCACAACCUCUUAUUAAAGGAGAGUACCUUAUUUACUGGAGAAUAAAUGGUACCAAAACAAAUAGUAAUUUUACAGAAGUGGAGUACAAAGGCCCUUGUAUGCCUCGAUCAGUUUGUGCACAGGAAGUGAAAGCUACAUUAAAAUUACCCCGUACUACCGAAGCCUAUGGAAUGUAUACAGUAAAACUGUACAACGAUAGGGAACAAGUGCUGUGUUCUACACAUGUGUGUAAAAAUUGUAUCAUAGAUGACCAGCAAGAGGAAGAAGAACAGACAGUAUCUACGGAUAUAACUAGAAAUGUCUACAUUUAUAUCGUCACUGGUAUUGUUGCAAUUUUGAUGACAGUUAUAAUAAGUUGUGCGAUUGUGUUACUUGUAAGGAAGAAAGCUAGGAGAAGACCUAUUCAAACUCCUACGAGACCUACAAGCACAAUAUCUGAUGACCAUGUAUCAUCUGAUGAAGCAUCAACAGCCGUAUCAAAUCAUACAUAUGCUUCUGUCCAAUUAAGUGGUCCCAGCAGAUACCAGGGGUUGCUAUCAAGAAACGUCAGUCGACACCAUUAUAAUAAUCCAACAUUUCAAGAUAUUCAAGAUGAGAGUGCAGGAGAUUCAGCUUUCGCUUCGACACUUACUAUAUUAAGUUCUGACCAGAAUGAAGACCAACAAACAGAAAGAACAGAGGAACCACAACUGACGCGCCUACCAAUCAAUAUACUAGUAUCAAGAUUAGAAGAAAUUCAAACUAACCAGAGUCUGCCUAAUUUAGUUGUACAUGAUUACCAGAAUAUCAAGAGAACAAGGAGACUUACAUGAUACUGUGACGUCAUAAAUUCUGUCACACCGUCUAGAAAAGUAAAAACACACUUCCAUUUUGUGCCCUGAAACAUUUUCUGAGAUUUGUUAGUUAAAGAAGGAAGGUCAGAGAAGCGUCAUAUUUAAGAGCACAGAGAACGGAUUAAUGGACCAUAUAAUAUUCAAUGAUAUAAAAUACUAUCAUUAUUAUACAAACAUAUGAAGCGCAAUAUGUUUUGACAAAGUAAAUCAUUAAUAUAUUUAAUUUAAUGUUUUCGUAAAUGUUGUUAUUUAUCUUUUUUAGUUCAUAUUUGACUGUUUGUUGUAGACUUAUAAGUCAAUUGAAUUUUUAUUUCGUCAGUAUUUUAUUGUUACUGAUGUUGAUCAAUCGUAGUUUACAGAUUUAUUUCUUAUUCGUACUAUUUUAUUGCUUACUCUAAAGGAACCUUCCUGUAGUAUUAAUGAAAUUAGAAAAAAAUAAUCUGACAAAUAAUAUUAGUAUUAUAAUGAAACUGUUGUCAAGACUACACUGUUUCAGAUAAACCUUUUGUUUUCAAA